CGUGGUCCAUGGCGUUCUUGGCGGGAAAGUCGAGCCUUGCUCGCGCCCAGCCGGCCGGGCGAUGUGCAGUGACUUCCGCAGGGCCGAGUCAGGGACGGAGCUCCUUGCCCGACUUGAAGGUAGAAGUUCCUUGAAAGAAAUCGAACCAAAUCUGUUUGCUGAUGAAGACUCACCAGUGCAUGGUGAUGUUGUUGAGUUUCAUGGUCCUGAAGGAACAGGAAAAUCAGAAAUGCUGUAUCACUUAACAGCCCGAUGUGUGCUUCCAAAAUCGGAGGGUGGACUGGAAAUAGAAGUCUUGUUUAUUGACACUGAUUACCACUUUGACAUGCUUCGGCUCGUGACAGUUCUGGAGCACAGGCUGUCGCGGAGCUCCGAGGAAGCCGUGAAGCUCUGCCUGGCGAGGCUGUUCCUGGUGCGCUGCAGCGGCAGCUCGCAGCUGCUGCUCACGCUGCACUCCCUGGAGGCCGUGCUGUGUAGUCACCCCGCGCUCUGCCUCGUGAUGCUGGACAGCCUGUCGGCUUUCUACUGGAUAGACCGCGUCAAGGGAGGAGAAAGUGUGGCCCUGCAGGAGGCCACUCUGAAGAAAUGUUCUCAGCUCCUCGGGAAGCUUGUGGACGAGUACCGCUUGGUUCUGUUCGCAACAACGCAAAGCCUGAUGCAGAAAGCCUCAAACCCGCCCGAAGGGCCUUCUCCCUCCACGCACCCGUGUGAGCCUGAUGCGCACUACAGACCCUAUCUCUGUACGGCCUGGCAACGAAUGGUAAAACAUAGACUGUUUUUCUCCAAAGAAGAUGAUUUUCAAAGCAGCAGUCGAUUCUCAUUAGUUUCCCGUCAUGUAAAAAGUAGCAAUAUAAAAAAACACUUUUUUAUUAUCAGAGAAAGUGGGGUUGAAUUUUGUUGAUAUAAAUAUCAUAAAAUAGGACAGUCUUGUACAAAUCUAAAAAUUCU